GUCUGAUUUUGUUUCACUUUCAGCUGGAGACUAAAUGACACCAAGCAGAGCCUACUUAGAUUAGUUUUCCAGAAACGGGUGAAAACAAAGCAUGAAGCUGGCCAGUGGGAUUUCUUGUUUUUUGUUCAUUAGUCUAUACACUGACUUGGCUCAAAAUGCAACAACUGAAAACAUCAGAAGGCUAAAACUGAGUAUGGGACAUGGAGUCCCGAGAAAGAGCCCCUCCCUCAGCCGCAGAUCACAUCGGCAAGCUGGGCCACUGGGACAGGCUGUGACGGCUGCUCCAACACCAAGGCCUCCCCUCGGGGACAUCGAUAGCAGUGUCGUUGACAUGAUUGUGCCACUGGCCAGCUAUCCAGGAGAAGAGUCAAGCUAUAACGUCUUACCAGGGAAGAAGGGCCAAUGCUUCUUCAGCGGGAUAACGAUGUACAACUCAGCUGUGUGGUCUCCUGAGCCUUGUGUCACCUGUCUCUGUUCCAAUGGCAAAGUGGUCUGUGACGAGGCCACGUGUCCACCUCGGCAGUGCCCACGAACCUUUACACCUGAAGGCAAAUGCUGUCCCGUCUGCUCGGACGCUGCCCAAAGUGAACGCACGAAUCCACAGCAAAAGGCAUCGCCGCAGGCAAGGGUGGGUAUGGGUCAGCUGCCGAGCAGGAAGGAACAUGAGUCUGAGGAAGAUGACUCUGAGGAAAAGAAUGGAGAGAAGGGACAAAAGAGGAAAACCAAGGAGGGGAGACACCACCACCAGACUCAUCCUGAGGAGACGGUGCCAGAAAAGGACAAAAAGCCACCUCACGAAACAGAGGACUGCUGGAGUGAAGAGAGAAAGACCGCCGGACAGAAGGAGCUGCGUCCACGCCCGCACCAAGAAAGUGAAGAGGAGGCUGAGGAGGAGGAGGAGGAAGAGGAGGAGGAGGAGGAAGACAGUUGCUUCCCAGGGCCUGCUCCCAGGGCACGGAUCCAUCCUUUGCCCAGCAUGUGCUCCAUCUUGGACCACAGGAUAAGCUGCAUAAAUGCCAAGCUUACCAAAAUACCAAACAUCGUAGACCCAGAGUUAAGGAGCUUAGAGCUUAUCGGGAAUUCCAUCAGCUGCAUCCCCGAUAAAGCAUUCCAUGGAACACCGAAUUUGGAAAGGCUUGACCUGCGCAAAAACAAAAUCACCUCUUCUGGGAUCGGUCCCAACGCAUUCAAGCCCCUGAAGAAGUUAACCCACCUGUACCUGGAUGGAAAUAGCCUGGUCCGGUUCCCUCCUGCACUGCCCCCUCGACUACAGGAACUUAAAAUCAAUGAGAACCAUCUUCAGGCAAUCGAUGAAGACAGCCUGGCAGGAUUACAGCAGCUGAUUGUCCUGGAACUGGAAGGGAACCAGCUCAGUGAAUCCAAUGUCAGUCCUUCAGCCCUCACUCCUCUCAAGAGUCUGUCUUACUUGCGCCUGGGCAAAAAUCAGUUCCGGAUCAUCCCCCAGGGCCUGCCAGCUUCCAUCGAGGAAUUAUAUCUGGAAAAUAACCAAAUUGAAGAAAUCAAGGAGACUUCUUUUAACCACACCAGAAACAUCAACGUCGUUAUACUACAUCAUAAUAAAAUAGAAGAAAACAGGAUCGAUCCUUUGGCAUGGAUCCAUCAGGAAAACCUGGAAUCCAUUGAUCUCUCUUAUAACAAGCUCUAUCACGUUCCCUCCUACCUACCCAAGUCCCUACUGCACCUGGUGCUGGUUGGGAAUCGAAUUGAGCGAAUUCCUGGGUAUGUGUUUGGUCACAUGAAGCCUGGACUAGAAUACUUAUACCUUUCAUUUAACCAGCUAAAUGAUGGUGGCAUCCACCCUGUGUCGUUCUACGGGGCCUAUCAUUCUUUGAGAGAGAUCUUCCUGGAUUACAAUGAAUUUAAAUCCAUACCGUGUGGGAUCUCGCGCAUGACCUCACUGCGCCUUCUGAGGCUUAACAACAACAAGAUACGGCGCCUUCGCCAGGAGCGCAUCUGUGGGGCUGAGAACAGAGAUUCCCCUCUGGAGCAUCUACAUCUUGAAAACAACUAUAUCAGCCCAAGAGUCAUUUCACCUUAUGUGUUUCCAUGCAUUCGAUCCCAUGCAAGCAUCAUCCUGGAGCCCCAGAAGGUCAAAUAGGCUGAUGGGACCCCACCUUGUCUGUUCAUCUCUUGGUCCAGAAGUGGCACACGGUUCCUAAGAUGACCCCUAAAGAUAGCAGAAGAUCCUGACUGUUUUUCUACAUGGUUCUCCAGCCCACAGACCAGGGGACAGGCCAUCAUAAACCCCCAUGUCCUGUGAUCCCUGGGAAGCAGGAGCUAAGAGAGACCCAGCCCUGCCCCUGCCCUGCUCGCUCACUAAUGCUUCUUUAUGUGCAGUGAUAAGUCUGGAGAUCAGCACAGGGAAGUUCAGCAGAUCAUUACAAGUCCCUGUUACAGAUGUAGGAUCAGUGAGGCCUAAAAGACAGAAAGAUAGUCCUCCAUUUGUUUCCUAAGGUCCUGAAUUACAGAUGAGCUGCUAACCUGCACUAGGGAGGGUCUUCCUGCUCUGGGAAUUUCCCACACUGAUUAAAUCCUAGGUCUAGAAAGAGUAAAAACAAAUCAAUUUGCAGCUGACCUGAUUUGUUCAGUAAAUGCGGGCACUGGAUAAGAUCCUUUUGAAUGUGUGAUGCCUAAAGAAAGGCAGAGGGCUGGGCUGGACUUGGAGGAGUCAGCAAGAUCCAGGUUCAAGUCCCAACAUAGGGAUACUUGUUCCAGGGCCCCAGGGAACACUGCAGUGGCUGAUCUGCAAUGGUGGAGGGAGUUUCCACAUUGGAAGUCCCCUAUGCUGAUAAGAGCACGGAUGCUGGUUCCCCCAAGACCAUGGAGCCCAAAGCUCUGAGGAGCACCACAGCUCAGCAUCUAGGCCCCGCCAGACCACGGGCAACAUUCUCAUCUACCAGGUGACAUCAUUUCACCAUCCACACGCGGUGGCCACUGGUGAGCCACCUGAAACGAGUGGACUCUAGGACUUCAUGGCUGGUCAUGCCAAAACAAGCCCUAAGAAUCAGAAGCAGCUCAGCAGUUCAGGCAUUACCUCAAGGACAAGACUGAGGAAUGGAAAUAGGCCAGCUUAUUUUGGACAAGACUGAUCCUCCUGGACUUUCCCCCAAGAAACAUGGACAGGGCUGUGACACGGACAUUUCCUCCCCUUCUCCCCAUUACCAAGUGCAUCCUUUUAUGUGAGACCUCAAUUAUAUCAUUUAUUCAUC